AGUAAAACUACGGAAGAUGUCUCGUCAGGGUUUCUUCCACUACGUGCCUUCGGUCUUUAGACGUGGUCCAACUUUUGAAGCACGGCGCUCCGCUCGUUUAGUAAAGUUCUCCCGUUGCCUGCUAGCUUAAUUAACGAGCACCUGUGUGCAUCUAACGCCGUACGGUUCCGUCCAUGUUGAAAACGGGCUUGACGUGGAAAGCUAGCAGCUCGCUGGUGCUCAACUCGGCUGCCUUUCAAGACCACAUCACACGCAACCUGCUGCAUCCAAACGUCCGACUUCCUGCCCCCUUCCCGAGGGGCAAAAAAGCAGCGAGAAUAAAACUAAAGGAAACUGCUCUGCAGACACACGAUCAGCAAGAGGAGAGGGAAUACGUGCUUGAUUCUGCGCCACCCCCUUUAACGCUGGCUCAGAAGUUGGGUUUGGUGGCCUCCCCUGCAGGGAGGAUAUCUGAGGACGAAUGGUCUCGGGUCAAGGAGAGGUCUGUUCGGCAGGGGGACUCUGCACAGCCGUGUGCAAUAUGCAGGGAGGAGUUUUACCUUCAGCCCCAGGUGUUGCUGUCAUGUUCUCAUGUUUUCCACAGAGCAUGUUUGCAGGCCUUUGAAAGGUUUUCUGGGAGGAGGUGCUGCCCAGUGUGCAGAAAGGAGCAGUAUGAGACACGGGUGAUCCACGAUGCAGCUCGCCUUUUCAGACAUCAAUGUGCCACCAGAAUUCAAGCACGCUGGCGAGGCUACCUGGCUCGAAAAAGGUACCAAAAAUUGAAAAAAUCCAUCUGUCCAAAAGACACACGGCUGCGACGGAAAUUCUUUGAGGCAAAGUUGCAGGAGUUGAAUGACAGCUUUGUCCGAUACUGUCACACCGACACGGAGUCUUUUCUGAGUGAUAUCAACCGCUCCCUGUCGUCGAGCAGACGAGUGUUCCAGCAGCUGGAGAGAAAGCAAGUCUCUGAACCUCAGGAGAAUGAUUGGGAGCGAAUACAAAGCCAGGUGGUCCAGAGAGGUGUAUGGGACUGCCCCAUCUGCCUGACGGCACUGCGUAGCCCGAGCCUCCCAACAGAAGCCGGUACGUCCAGCCAUCACCGACACGCCGCCCUCCUGUCCUGUUCCCACGUCUUCCAUCAGCUCUGUCUGGAGGCCUUUGAGGCCUUUUCAACCGAGAGCAGACCUUCCUGCCCCCUGUGCAGAUCGUUCUACCACAAAAAAAUCACCCACCUGGACACGAAUUGAAUUUAAGAUGGCAUUUUAGAUCACAUCUAGCAAUAUUUAUAACCUGUAAUAAAAGUAUUCCUGAAAUACUAACCCAGCCUGUCCGUAUUGACCCAGGGCGUCACAAUGACAAAUGAAAGCAGUUUUCUACAUUUUUUUUAUUUGCAAAGACAUCAAAAAUAACUAAACUUACAUUUAGCAAACUGAGAAAUUGUAAAGAAACACAUUCACAAAACGUACUAAAAAUGACAUGCAGCGACCAACUGACAUGACAGUACAGACUUCAGACAGCUGCUUCACGUACAGAACAGCUCACCUUUUGGAAUCCCACACACACCAGAGAUGUACUCUAGAGGCAACUAAAAGGUUAGCUUGAAUAGAAAAUGUCUCUCAAGUCCUUAUGCAAUGUUUUAUUAGGGGAGGUACACUUCAAUGUGAAGUCUGCAGCGGAAUGGAUGUCUGCACCACCAUGAUGGAAUUGGAAAAAAUCCAACACAAGCCAUAUAGUUAAUGUAGUUCAUCCAAAUCAAGUCGUACAUUUCGUUUCAUACUUUCACUAAUUUACUUGACAUUUAAAGUGAUAUCUUGCUAAUUUAUAAUAUCUCUUUUUGCUUUGCCAAAUCCCUGCGGACCACGUUAAUUAUUCACAGUACCCAAUGAAAUUGCACACUCCGUACAAGUUUUAGCCAGUUAAAAUUGUGGGUAAAACUGCAGGCAGAAGGUAGACAGCUUUGAGAAAAACAAUCCCUGUCUGAAGUAACAAGUUCCAAAUGCAAAUAGAAGAAUUUCUCAAUUUCCUUGUCCUUUGUCUCACUUAAUUAAGUCAUGAAAACACAUGACAUACAAUGCCAGAGAUAACGUCGUUACAUCACUCAACCCAAUUCUAGCGUUCAACUUUUUCAGAGGAACGAAUGAAGGAAGCUUCUCACUUCAUAAGAGCCACUGUGAAAACAUUCAUGGCACAAAGCAAUGUGUACAUUAUAGCGAGCUGGCUUGACUAGAAACUCGGUGGCGUACGGGGAUCACAGUGGAACUGUGCAGAGACAAACCAUGCACUUGUACACAUACGUACGAGUGCAUUUACAAACGACACGGAACAAGAAACAACCUUAACAUUAAGCCCGCGAGAUGCUUGUCGUUUAAGGCAUUUAAGGUGGUUCUGGAGACAAAAGGACGUCACAGUUUAGAAGAUUAUGCAGCAAUACAACUACAUGUAAAUCGGGCCUGAGUCACCAAGUCUUUCUACCAGCUGCAAAGUUGCACAUUUUCACACCCUGCAUUCUGCAUGUAAAGAUUGUUACACGUUUGCAUUGGAUUGAGGUGUCCAUAAAAAAAAUAUGUACAACAAAGUACAGCUUGCUUAGUGAGUCAGACCCUUAUUGGACUCAACAAGAGCCAAAUAUUUACAUCUGAAUAAUGCAAAAGAGUUUUGAAACACAGUGAUAUUUACAUGUAACAUUUACAAAAAUGACCUAUUGAACUAUUUGACUAUUUCUUUAUGUGCCAUGUGAAUUUAAAUAUAUAUUUAUGGGGGAGGGUGAGCAAAAAUGUGAUGGUGUUUUUGAUUUAACAUGUACAAAAUAAAAUUCAAGGAAUUACAACCACAGGCUCAGCUACAAAUGCCCUGAAGCAUUCUGCUCUUUGGAACUGAAGAGGAUGGAACUCCAAUAUAGUUUCCCAUUUGUAGAGUAGCUCAAGUCUAACCUAGAGCUCCUAAAGAAAAAGUUCUUACCCUACGUCAUACAAACUAACGACAUCAUCAAUAAAGUUAAAGCGCACUUCUGUCAAGCCAAAUAAGAAGACGAAUGCAGCCCAUCAGUUGGGAUAGUGCAAAUGCAUAUGAUGUGAAUCGUAUGGAUGAGUUUUAUAUAUUGGAUGGGAGGAGAAUAACUGACUUCUUUCAUGCUUCACAAAGCACAUUUUGUCCUUUUCACAUCUUAAGCUCUUAAAAAAAAAAAGAAGAAAAAAAAAGACUGACACCUUUUUAUCAUGCCUGCAUUAUUUCGCAUAACAACCAGAGACCACAGACAAUCAACUGCUCACAUAUCACACACACACCGAUUACCAUCUACACACUGACAUAAAAAGGUACCCAUGUGGAUGGUGGGUUCAUUUACUAUACCGAGAACAGAGGAGGCGCACGGUGAUAGAAAAGAAAAAAAAAGACGUUGCUCCUUGCUUUUGUCUACUGCAGCGGGAAGGAGUUUGUGGAA